CGCAUCGAACCGAACCCCCAGCAAGGCCAUCUACUUAAUGACGAGAGAAAAUUAACACGAAAUGUCCUUUUCAAUUAAGUCUUCCAGAUGUAAAAUGUUAUAAGCUUUUAGUGAAGAAAAGCAAUUAUCUCAUUUAAAACAAUACAAUUCAAAGAUGUUUCAUUUUAAAACUUCAAAACGGAGCAUCGGGUGCUUACGUGAAUGCGUCGUUUGUGUGAAAAAUGUUUUUGUGACUAUCCUGGCCGAAGGCCGUAAAUGGUUGUGAGGGGUGCCACAGGUGCCCCUGAACAACCCCAAGUUUAGAAUAUUUGGCUGCUAUGAAUUUUUUUAUAUUAUUUGGGUCUUUCGGUAUAAAUUUCCACAUCACAAGCCACUUCAUUUAGUUAUCAUUUGUGGCCAGGUCGUUUCUGAAAAAGAGCUAUACAGCAGUUCAGUGGGAUUUACCUGGUAAAUUAAAAAUAGUUUAGUUUUGACGUUUGCCUAGAGGCAUGGCGUCAGAGUGUCUGAGUAAAUGCUGUUGCGACGUGGCUGUGUGGUUUGUUAUGUAGUCGCUGUUUGGACGCAGCCUGACGUCCAUUCUUGAGGAGUACGUCGCUAUCAAAUCUAAAGAUGUGUCGAGCAAUCCGGCGGGGGUCCUGUGUGUGCUAUGGAAGAGGCUGGAGCAACUGCUCACACAGAUCAGGCUUCACCAGGCGAGCAUGGCGGCUCCUCCGUGCGUCUCGCCACACAUUCCAGUCGCCUCCCUGAGCCAGCAUCGGUGGCGAAGUCCGUCGCGAAGGGCAGCUCAACGGCGUCCACGCAGAGCCCGGUCACGGCGAGUACCGUCGACACCCGCACACCGCCUCCCCGGGCUCCGCACACCUCGACCUCCAACCUCACCCCUGCGUCUUCCUCCCCCGCCGCCAUCGUGUCGGCCGCGCUCUUGAUGCCCACGUCCUCCUCCUCGCCGCUGCUGCUGAUUUCUCCGUUGUCGUCGUCCACGGUUUUAUCCGCGUCGUCGUCGUCGUCGCCCCCACCGUUGGAGCCGAACCCCUCCGCGAUGGCCGGCGUCCAGCUGCCACUCGUGCUCGCCAGGCUGCCCUCCGACUGCACGGCCGUCACGUACAUGCUGACCCCACCGUCCGCGUGCCCCGUGCAACCGCCGGCGCCGGGGACCUCGAUGCCGGGGCAGGCCUUGCUGUCGUCGCUCGGCUCGGCCCUCCGGCCCAGACCCACCGUGACGCUUACGCCUUCGGCGGACGUCUGCUCGCUGCUGGGCAGCUCCGCUGACCCAUCCGAGGCUGGGCCCGCCACGAAGAUACUGGCCGGGUUCGGGAGCAGCCUCUCGAGCAGGGAGAGUGGAGGGCGCGUGGUGUCCAGCACUGUGCUGCGAUCCGGGGUUCUGGUGAGACAGAUUGUUGACCCGGUGAGCCAGGCGCCUGGCAUCUUGGCGUCUUCUGCCAGCAGUAGCAGCAGUGGCGGCAGCAGCAGCAGCACCACCAGCAGCACCACCACCAGUCCCAGCAGCAGCAGCAGCAGCAGCUCCGCGCAUAAACUAUCGAUUUCACUCUCAGUUCAAGACCGGGGUGGAGACGGAGCCGCUCUGGAAAUGACCGCAGAGAGUCUGUCGCACCAAGUGUUGGAGACAGCCUUGGAGACGCUGCUGGGCGACUCAAGGCUCCAGGAGAAACUGGCUGAGAACAUCAACCAAGUCUUCUAUAGUGAGACUGUGAUGACGGUGGCGGACGCGGUGGCUACUUCGUCGGCACCUUCCGCGGACAACGGUGACCCGCAGUCCAUUGAAGACUUCCUCAACCUGCAGGGCGAGUGUAACAUGAGCCAGGAGUCGAUCCGAGACAUCGUGACGCUCACGCAGUCCGACCCCGCCUUCCACUCUCUCUUCCAGCUCUUCGACUUGGGAACGCCGGGCGGCUCGUCGGGAGGUGAAGACGAAAGCAACGAGGAGAUGGAUGAGGCCGAAGAGGGGGCGGCCGACGGGGAGGUAGGGGAGGAGGAGAUAUUGGGUGGCGCUGACCCCCGGCGGCCGGACGACGAAGGCCACGGCGACGACGACGACGACGACGACGACGCAAACCCUGACCAGGGUCGACAACGUGAGGAGGUGACGGAGAUGGGCGAGGAGGUAACGGAGAUGGGCGAGGAGGAGACGGAACGACACGCCGGGGACGGAGGGGAGGUUGGGAAGAGUGGGGAGGGAGGGGAUGGAGGGGAGGGAGACGACGUGAGGGAGCAGGGCCAGUGCACGCACGACUACCAGGACGUGGGCGGCGAGGUGUGCCUCGGGGACGAGUCGCACGACAAGUCGUGCGGUGUCCCGAUGCCUCCCGCCCACCUCGCCCAUGAAACCCUCGCCACGGCCAUUCGCACGCAAGUGCGGGAUAAACCGGUCGACGGCAGGGCGGCAAAAUCCAAGCGGGCAAAGCCGCCCACCAGAGUUGCGCUCCCCGGCAAGCGGCUGGGCAGGCCCCGAUCCUCCGCGAAAUCGAGUGUAAAAAAUUCCCCCAAAAUCUCCCCCAAAAAGCACGGGGCCGGCAAAGACGCCACAGGAAGUCAGGGCGCCGUAGUCGAUCCGGCCGUGGGGGUUAAAGCGGCGGCGCCCGUCGGGCAAGGAGACGGUGCCAACGUCGAGUCGGUCAUGGGGGGCAGCGGAGGUGCGGCGGAUGGCGCCCCCGACGGCGCCACGGGGACACCGGCGAAGAAGAAGCACCCACGCAAAAGUGCGAAGGGGAAGAAAUUGGCGGGCGCCGAAGCGACCGCGGCAGCCGCCCCCGCCUCCGCCGUGACUCCCGCGGGGCCCUCCCAGCCGGGGGCUUCUGAGGGAACGCCGGCGUCCGUGGAGGCUGCUCGCCGCCCGGCGGCACCGGCGGCUGCGCCGGACUCGGCGGGCAGGGAGGUGGCGGGCGGCGCGUGGGCCAGCGAUGUGGAGCUCCGGAGCGCCGUGUCGUCCAUCACGGGCGAGAGCGCGGCGACCUCGGAUGCGGGUGGUGGGUACCCCUACCCCGGCAGUCCAGGGAGGCCCCUCACCCCCCAGCAGUGCAGGCUGGAGCGACACGUGGUCACGGCGUCACCGUUGGGGGCGCCAGCGAUCAGGGCAGCGCUGCCUCCCGCCGACAGACGCUGCCCCCAGCAACCACGGGGUGGCGAGCGUCAGCGGCACCCAUCCACUCCCGAGCAGUUGCACGUGCUGGCCGCCGCGCCACCGCCUGUAGUCUCUACCCCGUUAGCCACCACUGCGGUCUGCGGAGUCACCAUCUCCAGGAACGCUGACGCGUCACUCUGCGCCAUCGCGACGGACGGAUUCUGGGGGACCCUGGUGCCGAGCACACCGCCGCAUCCCCCGCCACUCGCCAUGGGCAACAUCGCCGUUCCCGCGGCAACGGUCACCGUGUCGACCGCCACCCAUUUCCUAACGACAUCGCCGCCGAAGAACUUCACCAUGCGCGGGACGGUGAUACCGCCAGGGAUCAUCACGUCGCCGGAUACGGGCCCUGCGUUCUUGGUGCGCCCCGUGCUGCAGGGCGUGGUGGGGGUGCUCUCCAUGCUGGGUUCUCCUCCGCGGACUUUGUCGCUGCUGCCUCACCAGAUCGUGCAGCUGUCGCCGCCUCGACAGCCCGUGGCUGCUGCUGCUGCUGCUGCUGCCGGCGCUGCGCACACGAGGAAGUCCCGCUUCGCCGCGUCAACCCCGUCCAAACCCAUCGCCAUCUCGCCCGGCGUGAGCCACGUGCUGCUCUCCCCGGCCCCCAGCACCUCCACCGCCACCACCACCAUCACGGUCAUCUCCUCGCCCACCUCGCAGCCCCUCAUCGUGUCAGCAGGCUCCUCGCUGGUGUCGGGGAUGAGUCGCAUCUGCAACCUGGCCGACCGGCUCGAGCGCUGCAAGGAGAAGGAUUCCCUCGUGCCGGUCGAGGUUUUGGCGUCGGCGCACAAACUCCCCGAGCCGCGUGACGCCAAAAGGGAGGGCGGGAGCAGCGUGAGCCCCGCGGACGCCGCCCCGGCGCCGGCGCCACCCGCACCUCACCGGCGCGUUCUCACCUUCGACGGUGUUUCCCUCGCGCGGGCGCCGGGCGGCUCCCGGAGAACGGCGGACGACGCUGGGCCCGCCGCCGCCUCCUCGCGACGCUCGCCCAAGUCUCCUGCACGGCCGGCCAGGAAGGCGGCGACGGGCGACGCCAAGCACGCGCCCGGCAAGAGGGGGAAGGGGGAGAGGGCCGCGGGGGCGGUUGCCGCGUCCGCUCCAGAGAGGAAGACGGCGGCGGCCAAACGCGACGCCGGCAGGAGCCCCGCCAAGGGAGGCUCCGCCGCCAGGGCCAGGCCCGAUGGCAAGGCCGACAGGAGCAAGUCCAAGAGUCCCCCGGACUCGGCGGCCGGCAGGAAAGCGGGCAGAGCGGGGGGCAAGGGCAGCCCUCGCGCGGAGCCCGGCCGCAAGGGGGACGCCGCCGCCGCCGCCGCCGCCGCCGCACCGGCUCAGCGCAGCCGCAAGGGGCAGCGGCGCGACAAGGAGUUCCCGCGGCUCGUCAUGCCUGUCAUCAAGAGACCCGUACCGCUGUCUGACGCGAGCGCGGGGGCCGAGGCCCCGGCGGCGCUGGCGGCGGCGGUGGCGUCGAGAGCGGCGACGCGGAGGGCGGGCCGUGGGGUCGGGAAGGAGGCGACCGCAGCGGCAGCUGCCGCGUCCACGAAGGCGAACGCUGCGAAGGCGAACGUGGCGGCGCCGGCGACGCCGGCGGCGUUGUGCCCGCUCUCGCCGGACCCGUGCGCCCGCAGCCCCGCCAGCGAGGCCGGCAGCGAGAGCAGCGUCAGCAUGGCCGCCCAGACGCUCGUCUUCCUCUCCCAGGCGGCCACGUCGCGUGGCGCCUCCGCCACUCCGCCUCGCCGGCCGCCCGAGGGUUCCCCGGCGGAGCGCGACGCCGGCGGCUCUGCCGCGGUGACGAUGCCGCCGCCGGCGCACAGGCAGGCGGCGCAGAAGCAGCAGCGGCCCAAAACGGACAGCACGCCCGUGUCCCCGCGGAGGUCGGCGCGCCACCUCCUCGCCGAGUCGCCGGGGUCCCGCCCGGGGACGUCGCCGGGGAAGGUUGGGGGGGAAGAGGCGCAGGCCAGGGCGCCGGCGGGCGAGACGAGGAGGGGCACGAAGAGGAAGGCGAGGGGGGAUGAGGGGGGGGGCGGCGGCAGAGGAGGCAGCGGCGGCGGCAGCAGCGGGCAAAGCCGCCCAGGACUCGAACGCGUUCAAGAGCCCCUCGCCCGUGAGGAGGCGCGGGGGCAGCGCCAAGAACAAACGGAAGAAACAGAGGCUCGACUACUUCCCUCCUGGCGUCGACGUUGAGCAGUUCCUCGCCAAGCUGCACUACGUGGAGUAGCCCUUGCCCUCUAAGACACUUCCACGUCAGUUUAUUAAAUUUUUGGUGGCACAAGCGUUGGCGGCGCUGCAGAUUUUCCGCGCCACCCCCAAGGGUCUCCGUGGAGAGGUUGGACUGCGACGUGCCUGCAUCGCGACGUGCCUGCAUCGCGACGUGCCUGCAUCGCGACGUGCCUGCAUCGCGACGUGCCUGCAUCGCGACGAAGUGCCUCCCGAGUCCUCGCUGUCUAUCCCUGACUGUGGUGAAAGUGAUUUGUGAUAAUUUUUUAUUUAUCGUUGUUACUGACAAAGUUUCAGUUGGAACAGCGUCCCUAGGGUCCGCCAAUGAUUGGCGCGUGGAUGCUAGAAGAAGAGCCCCGUUCGAUUUUUGUGUUGAGGUUGCGUCUUUUUUAAACGCAGCUGGGUUGUUGCCCCGUUUUCUACACGUAACGGCCCUCUCUCACUAGACUGCUUGGAUGUGGGUCUUCCUGUGCAGUGUUAAAUAACAAUGGCUGUGAACUAACCCCAAUGCAGCCUCCCAUGCAGCAGCCAGUUGUGUUUGUGUGAGGGGACUGCAGGGAAAGAAGUCGCUCCGAGUGCACCUACCAAAGUGGAUCUGCUUAACGACUCGUUAAGACUCUGAGUUGACGUCGUCAUUGUAAACGGUCACGAGGAGGCUGUGGAGAACCCUUUUUGGUUCUGGGCUUGCCCACCGGUCUGCCGGUUUACCAGCCACCCCGUGCCACUUUAGAUAUCGCGCGUAGGAGCUGGGACAAUAACUCGGACUGUCGCUCUUUUUUCACAACUUGUUAAUAUCACGUUUCGAGUGGUCGGUCGAGAACCGAUGAUGUCGUUCGGGCGUUUGAUUUGCAGUUUAAAAGGUUGAGAGUACGAAUCCCAGCUUGGGGUCAAUUUAGCCCAUCAUCAGCAUCAUCAUCAUGAUCACUACCCCUCCAGGAUUGAUUAAAUGUAUUGUGCAGUAGCUCUAUGUGGAGAUUGUGCCCCCCAGCAUGGGAACGUGGAAUUUAGACAUUUGGCCGAGUUAAGCUGCUGCAGAGGGUGAGAGUGUUAUUGCUUGUUUUGGGUAGAGAGUUUACAGCACGGAGAAAGGUUAAGCCUUUCACAUGUAAAAUAUUAAAUGUUGACUGAGCAUUCCAAGAGUAAACAAAAGUCAAUAUAAUCCAUAUAUUAUGUUUUAAAUACCGAAUUGACAACGGAAGCCCUUUGAAGGGAAUUCAAAUGAACUCAACUAGUGCCGCUAUCUUGACCAAAUCCUCCCAAAACAUCGUAAACCCAACCAAAUAAAAGGUGGGUUUACAUUUUUUCUCACAGUUUGAGAAGUGCUACAUUUUAUCCUCAUUCUAUGUGCAUGGUUCGGUCAAAUAGGUUGCGCCAACUCUUAUUUAUUUGACUUUGCUUGAACAGGGGUUAAUAUAUAGCGUUAAUGUACAUAGAACAUGUGAAUAAAGUGUACGGAAAGUGUUA